AUGUCGAAGCCACAAUUUAUCAGCUUGGAACCUGCGAACGAGCUACGAUUUAACGGUAAGGAUUUUAUUGUCUUCUUGGUUUUUAGGCUAAGGGGGGGGGAUGUUACUUAAGAAAACGUAAUGCUAGUUAACGAUGUUUGUCUUUUUGGGCAAAUUUUAAAGCAUCAUUGUUAUACUUUGACUAUAUGUUAAAUAAUCUUGAUUUUAAUGCUAAACGAGGCUUUGAACUUUGAUAUUCUAUGUCUUAACGUUAGUCUCCUUUUAACAGUCGAUGUGUUUUUGAAGCUAUUUAGCUCUAAAACAACUUUUUCAGGUCCUUUUACCGAGGUUGUCACAAGUCACUUAAAACUGCAAAAUGUCACCGACAAAGCAGUCAACUUUAAAGUCAAAACCACCGCUCCUCGCUUCUACUGCGUCCGACCAAACUGCGGCCAAAUCCCGGCUUCGGGCACAGUAACCGUGAACGUAAUGCUCCAACCGGUCGACCAAAUGCAAACCCUCGAAAAGGAGCGGUCUCGUCACAAGUUUCUAGUGCAAUCGGCCUUGGCCACGGACGAGCCAGUCGAACCUUUCUGGAAGUCGGUGGAUCCAUCCAAAAUCUCAGACGCUCGCCUCAAAGUUGUCUUCACGAAUCUCGACUCCACCAGCGACAAUGACACCGCACAGAACGAACAAACCGCUCACUACGUCUCCAGCGACAAAGGAUUCGAACCCAAACUUAACAAAACUACCGAAAGCCCGCUGGCUCAACAGCCUCGCCCGAACCUUGUCCAGAGAAACGCACCGAGCCACGAAGAAGCACCCAAAUCCAACGAGAAGGAAGUUGAAAACAGAAGAUUGACUCUGCAGAAUCAGGAGCUUAGAGUAGGUUUGGAGGGAAAAUAUCUAGAUUUUAAAGCUUUUUAAUGUUCUUAUUAUAAGCUUUAAUAUUCCGGCACAAAAAAACUAAUUUUCACUAAAAAACACUACUAAAACAAUAUUAACCAUGCCUUUUUUCAGCAAAAACUAAGCGAAUUGAUGGUAACCCGGUCGGACUCGAGCCAAGGCCUCCUCAACGUUCAAGUAUUGUUGGUCAGUCUGGCGGCUCUACUGAUUGGCAUCAUCCUCGGCAAAUUGUUCUAA